AUGACAAGCAACACAACCGACAUCAUCAACCUUGGUCCCUACAAUGUCUCGUUGACACCUGGCUACACAACUGUUGUCAACGUGGGCAACUGGUCUGGUACAGCCACCUUCUUCAGCACUGGCCAGACCAUUGAAGUCGCCGUGGAAUGUUCAUUCGAGGUGACACCCGUGACAUGUGUGGAGUCGUGCUUUGCAAGCACGACCCGUAUGAUGUUGGCCAACGGCAGCUGGGCGGCGCUGACGGACCUGACAACGGGUGACAUGCUCAAGUGCAUCAGUGAUGUGGACUCGAGUGUGGUGGACUGCCCGCUGACGACGGUGAGGCAUGUGGGGCACUCGACGGCGUUCUCGGUUGUGGCGCUGCAGUAUGAGGACGCCCACGGAGUGGAGCAGGAGCUGCAGUUGUCGAAAACGCACUAUGUGUUUGUGGCCAACGAGUCGUUGGGGGCGGGGUGCAACACGCAACUACCGGCGGGCUCGUAUGUGGAGGCGGAGGCGGUGGCUGUGGGGGAUCUGGUGGUGGUGUUUGAUGAGAGUGGAUGUUUGUUGGUGACGAGUGUGACGGGGAAGCGGUGGGAUACGGCGGUAGGAUUCUAUUCACCGCUGACGUCGAUGAGCACCGUCGUGGCGGAGGGGCUGGUGGCCUCGAGCUAUACAGGCGGCUUUGGGUUUACACAUUGGUUGCAGCACAUCUUCACGACGCCACUGCGAGAGACGGUUGAGAGCGACCGCGCGGUGGUUGAUUAUGCGGAUGGGUAUCAUGCGUAUUCUGAGGCAGCGAUGGGACUGAUGGGUGUUGAUGGAGCGGUGUUGGCGGGGCAGGUUGAGGCGAUGGUGGCGCAGUAUGAGGCCAACGGGGGAACGUUGAGCCGAGCUGAGCUGGAGGCGAUCUUUGGGCUUGAGCUGUGA